AUGAAGAAAGCCACGAUAAAUACAAAUUCUAUGCAUAACGCAAAUCCUGUUACACUCAGGUCACCUUCUGCAUCUAUCAGUACGAUAUCAAAGACAAAAGCCGUAAAAUCUGAUAAAGAUGUUGAUGCAAUAUUUAGAAGAACGGAAGUAGUAGGUAGAGGAAAAUUUGGUAUUGUUUAUAAAGGUUAUAAUAUUAAAACCAAACAGAUAUAUGCUAUCAAAGUAUUGAAUUUAGAUUCUGAUUCCGAUGAGGUUGAAGAUGUCCAAAGAGAGAUUCAAUUCCUUGCAUCAUUAAAACAAAUGCCAAACAUUACACGAUAUUAUGGAUCUUAUUUACAAAAUACAAGCUUAUGGAUCAUUAUGGAAUACUGUGCCGGUGGAUCACUUCGUUCUCUUUUGAGACCAGGAAAGAUAGAGGAAAAAUAUUUAGGAGUAAUAAUGAGAGAAUUAUUGAUUGCAUUAAGUUUUAUUCAUAAAGAUAAUAUUAUUCAUAGAGACAUAAAAGCCGCCAAUGUCUUAAUAUCAAAUGAUGGUUCCGUGAAACUAUGUGAUUUUGGUGUGGCCGCACAAUUAAAUCAAGUUAGUAAUAGAAGACAAACGAUGGCAGGUACACCGUAUUGGAUGGCGCCCGAAGUUAUAAUGGAAGGUGUUUAUUAUGACACUAAAGCUGAUAUAUGGUCCUUAGGGAUUACUGCAUAUGAAGUUGCAACAGGUAACCCACCUUAUUGUGAGGUGGAAGCGUUGAGAGUAAUGCAAUUAAUUACCAAAUCGAAACCACCAAGAUUAGAAGGUAAGAGUUAUAGUGCUUCCUUAAAAGAAUUCAUAGCUUUAUGUCUGGAUGAAGAUGCAAAUGAACGUCCUACUGCAGAUGAUCUACUUAAGAGUAAAUUUAUACGAACUCAUAAGACAUCUCCUACUUCUGUACUGAAGGAACUUAUAACAAGAUAUCUACUGUUUAGGGAUAAGACUAAGCGGGAUAGUUUGAACCCAAAUGUGGAUGGUAAUGAUAACAAAAUUGAUAAUCGCAUAGAGGGUGAUCGUAAAUCGAUAACGAAUGGAAUCAACGAUGACAACUCUGAAGAAGAUAUAGAUGUUAAAUGGGAUUUCGAUUCUUUAAGUUCAGCUGACUACAUUGUGGAAAAUAACAUCAAUAUAGAUAAUAUAACGAAUGAUACCAACUACUGGAUGAAUGAACAACACGAUAACUUAAACUACGCUUACCCUGACGAGGACCAGUAUAUGUAUUACCAAACCAAUAAUAAUGCUAACAAAACUUUUUAUCAUGGCACAACUAUAGGGAAAGCUGCUUUGAGUACUGUGUAUUACAAUUCUACAUUAAGUGCGAUGCCUUCACAUCAGAAUGGUACCGCCAAUAUAAACAGCACAGCAUUUCAUGGGACCGGUUCGCAUAUAAACAGUAAUAAUACAGGAACAGGCACUCAUUCGAACAUGAAUGUUGACUCAAACGCUCCGAAACAAUUAUUGGAACUAUUUGAAGAAAAUGAUACUAUCAACGAGGCUGAUGAAGAUGUUGGGAACGAUCUGGGACGUAUACCACAAAAUAUGUCGACCACACAUAUGGGAUCUCUUCUUGAACAAUCGAUGACACCUACUGCAGAUAAUAAUAUCCGUCCUGUAAAUGUCCUGAAUAAUGGAUCAUUUUUCAGUCAAAGUACUACAUCUUUACCAGUUUUACAAACGAAAUUUAACAGUAUGUCUAAGGGCCCUACAAGUGCAAUAACAUCAAUACCGACCUCCAUUGAGAUUGAAAUUCCAGAAGAAUUACCUACAAGUACUAGUCAACCAACAAGUGCAUUUGUUGAUGCUUCGUCAUUACACACAAAACCUAGAUCGUCAACAUUAUCUACAUCACCAAUGCCAUAUAAGCAACCACCGGGUCUAUCCAGACGAUUAACUGUAAGUGGUAAUAACAACCCAAGCCGUGGUGAAGAAGCGAAUGGAAUCACCUCACCAUCUUACCCUAAUUUAGCACCACCUCCUUCGACUACCAUUGAGGAUGAAAUAAAGAAGUCUAGUCAUUCUAGUACUUUUUCAAAGACAACAACAAAUAAUAAUAGCAAUAAUGUUAACAACGGAAACAUAAGUGAAUCAAGGGAGCACACAAUGACUAAUGCACCAAGUUCUACAAUAUUUAAAAAUGUUCAUAAUACCCCAUCACCCUCGAAAUUAUUGCAUUCGGGAUCAAUAUCUCCUAAUCGUAAACCUACUGUAUCACCAUCUACAAGUUCACAAGGUAUCAUCAGUCAUGGUAGUAGUAAUUUAGGUAAUCCACCUACAAUGAAACCACUCAGUACGAAGAUCGAUUCAAAAAAUGCUAAAUUACAUCCAUUAGAUACCAAUAUGUCAAAUACUAGUAGUACACUCAACAGUACUUCUACUAUGGGAAGUAGUACCACAGGUACUACUAUUAACGCCAAUGUAAGUUCUGUUAGUACAGCUGCAGUGACUUUACAUGAUACUACAGAUGAAAAUGAAAUUCAACCAGUAAGUAAUGAAACUACAGUUAAUACAAGAAAUGGUACCAAUUCGAAGAGAAACAAUUUUAAUUUAAAAUUACAGAUGCCUUUACCUACCACGAUGACUCGUAAUAAAUUAUUAGACAACCAUUCAACGAAUAAUGGUUCAAGCACUUCCAAACUAACUUCUAAUAAUAUUUCAAAUGGUCCAAUCUCUGCACCAAGUGAAAAUAUCAAUCAAUUUGGGUUCAACACCAAGACUACAGCUAAUAUUCCUGUCUCCAUGACUCCUAUCAGCGAGAAACAUAUAGAUUUUGGGAGUAAGAUAAAGAGAAGUUUAAGUAUAUCUAAUCGUAAGAAUUCUUUAUCAUCUGGUGAAUCAAAUGUAAAUAAUAGUGGUAAUACAAGCCAACAUACAUCUGAGAAUAAUAUUCAAGAAAUACAUUUAACAAAUACUGAAAAUAGCGUAGAAGGUUCUAAUUCAAAGAUAGAUCACACUUCCUUGAACAAUUAUAUCGAUAUUGAUAUACAUGAUCAAAAUAAAAAUAGUAAGAUCGAACUUUUGGGAUCAAAUGCUGAUAUGCAUAAUGAUGAUAAUAUAUUAACUGAUUCAGUAACAAGUUCAAUGGUUACAUCAACUAAUAACGAUAAUUCUAAUUUAAUGAAAGAACCUCCUGCUAUGUUAGAUAUGAGUAUGUUUCAUGAUACUUCAUUUACACUAAAUAAUGGUGAACGAAUUGGCGAUCAUGAAAGAAGACGUAUCGAUAGAAGACCACAAGUAUUACAAGAAUUAGAAAAUUUACUUGGAAUGUUUGAAAAUAGUCUUCCUGUACUUGAAAAUACUUUGAAGAAGAUGUUACAAAAUCCUAAUGAUUUUCCAUCUAUACAACCUACCACUUUAAAUAGAAACGGAAACAACAACAACAACAAUACAGAUAGUAAUGAUGUUAGUCUAAAUCCAGGGGUGAAUGCAAGUCCCUCAAGAAACAGAGCAUCAAGUACAACUGGCGGGUCGAUAAUUGCCUCCACAGCGGCUACAACUACAUCAGCAAUAGCUGGUACACCUUCUCCUUUAGUACUAGAUGAAAAUAGUAUCGUUACAUAA